GAGGAGCUUCCUCGCCAGUCGGGGCGCUGUCGGGACCAGGCAGCGCGUCGGUUUCAGCUCCAGGCGAGGUGAUAAAAAGUCGGAAGUUGUUUGUAGUUGGUAAAACUUCAUAAAAUGGCAGAAGACAGUAGUUAUGAGUCUAUUUUAUGCGUGAAGCCCGAAGUUCAUGUCUAUCGCAUUCCACCAAGGGCUUCUAAUCGCGGAUAUCGGGCUGCAGACUGGAAACUAGACGAACCUGCAUGGAGUGGAAGGAUGAAAAUUACAGCAAAGGGCAAAAUGGCUUUCAUCAAACUAGAGGACAAGAACACAGGAGAGCUGUUUGCACAAGCACCAGUUGAUCAGUAUCCAGGUGUUGCAGUUGAAGCUGUGACAGACUCGAGCAGAUAUUUUGUGGUCCGGAUAGAUGAUGGCAAUGGGCGUCAUGCUUUUAUUGGAGUUGGUUUUGCUGAUAGAGGAGAUUCAUUCGACUUCAACGUUGCAUUACAAGACCAUUUUAAGUGGGUGAAACAAGAAGGUGAACUUGCAAAACUAGAAGCCUCCCAAAGUAAUGCACCAAAGCUUGAUCUGGGAUUUAAAGAAGGACAGACGAUUAAGAUCAGCAUUGGAAACAUAAAGAAAAAGGAUGGAGGUGCAGCCAAAUCACGGCCUGCGGGUGGGGGUCUCUUGCCCCCUCCACCUGGGGCCAAAGUAGGAGGAGGCAUCAUCCCGCCUCCUGUCAGUCAACACUCCGCUCCAGUUGUCCAAACCAACACUGCCACUCUUCUAGACGUUGCUUCCCCUGUUUCCAAUGCACCUCAGGCCAGCUCAGACCUAUGGGGAGAUUUUGCAUCAGCAGGCUCCAAAAAGUCAGAUCCAGAUAUUAUGUAGACUCAUGACACAACGAGUGAAGCUUUCAAGUUUCAUUCUUUGUCUGUGUCACUUUUUCAUCAUUUUCAAAUUUUGAUUUAGUAUAGAUUUUAGCAUAGAUUUAGUAUUCUUCCAUCAUGACAUGUGCUCAUUUGUUUUGUUUUUUGCUCCCUGAUCACCACUUUCCAUUUUCCUCCCCAGCUCCAGUAAAGACCCUGUUCAGUCUGGAUGGGUGCAGUUUAGCUGAGCCCUGUUACAAAUACAUGCACACACUCGGGCUCCAUACAUUCCUAGGACAAGGUGACAGAGGAAACUGGACAUGCACUUGUUUGUAUCAAAACACUCACAACACACUGCUGAACAACUCCAUAAACAUGUACAGAUUUUUAUUUUUAUUUUUUUUUUACAUAUCCCAUAUUAACACUUUGGCAGGUCUGAUCAUGACCUGUCCACUUUCUAAUGUUUGAAGGGAAUCAGUAUGUAGUUUAAUUUAAGAGAAAAUGAAUUUUGUUUUGUUUUGUUUUUCAUCUUUGUCUCUGUCACAGCUUAGUAAUGCUUUUAUUUUAUAGUCAUUUAUUCUUUUAUGGCAGACGUACAAUUUCUCCUGCAACAGUGAUAAUUGCAUCUUUUAUUUAUAGUCUACUUUUUGACGUGUAUCCAAAUCUGAGAAUGUAUUUCUCGAAAUCACCAAAUCACUGUCAAAUACUAAAAUAUUUUGUAGGAAAAUAGGAAUUAUAACGCCUUACCUACAUGUAUUUGUCUACAUUGAUCAAAUAUGUUCUUUUUCUUUUGUUUUUGUGGCUUUUAACCAAUUUGAAGUGUCUUUUGAGAACAAUCAAUUAAGUGCCUUUCAAGAUUACUCUAAGAAAAUUAUAUAAUUUUAUCAUGUUGUAAAUAAACUAUAUAUUUCAUUAAACUCUUGUUAUAUCUUGUGAA